AUGGCGAAUGACGUCCAGGAUGUCAGAGUUGCGCUGCAAACUAUUACUCAGGCGCCUAUUGAAUCGCUCCUUGGAAACACCCGCGAGCUUUUCGAAGCAAAUUUUGUUAUUGCAAAGGCUAUUCACUCUCUGCACUCGAAUUUUUGCGAGGAUAUUGGGAAAUUCGAAACUCAAUUUGAUGAUAUAACCGACCGUGCUAGUGCUCAGGCUCAGGCUGAUCCCAUCUUGGAAGUCAGCACCAGGCAAGACAGUGACCAAGAAACGAUGCGCCAGUAUGAGGCCCGACGUGGUCGACCAGAGCAUGCAGUUCUGAAGCUUGCACAGUAUUGGAUUCAGAAGAAAAUGGCGGGACCCAGUGUACUCAGUGCUGCAGAUGAACAUAGAAUAUUAGAUGAUUUACGCAAGUUUGUAAUUUCGAGUACUCCUGUAUUUUUAGCAUUAGUAAGGAAUAUCAAAAGAAGAAGGUCCGCUACCAACUCGCGACGCUAG